ACAAAUUUGUUAUCGAUACGCGCUCAGAAAAUGAUAACCUGAGACUAUAAAUUUUCUUUAUCGCGUGAUAAGUUAAGGUUAUGUUUAUAUUUUGCAAGAUAUUUAAAGAAAUGUGAUAAUAAUUGUAGUUUCGUUUUAAAAUGAUUUAAAUCGAAUACAGUUGUUACCAUGGAAUCUCUAAAAAUAUUUGACAAUUUUAAAUUGAGUGAUCUAAGUGAAGACUGGAUUCAAUCCAUUUGGGAUGCAGAAUUUAUGUUUUUCAAAGAACCACCUGAUGAGUACCUCAUGUUUUUGGAGAGUGAAGGCAUGAGACUGCUUUUACAUGAGUCUUGUAUAGCUGUAAAAACCUGGCUAGCCAAGGGUAUCAGUCAAAAUGACUCGGAACAUUACUCUGAUAUAUCUUGGAGCAAAUUAAUUUCAAUGGAUAUUAAGGUGCAUGCUCUUUUACCUAUAUUGGGUUACAUAAUAAAAAGUGGCCAGGCUAAAGAAGCUGAGAGAGACUCAAGGCAAUCAUGUCUGUAUGCAACUAAUUUAUAUUUCAUACUUUUGGCUGUUCCUGGUAGCAAUGCAUUUAAUGUAUUUCAUCCAAACUUGUAUCAAAGAGCCAUUGAAACACUGAGAGUAAACUGUGAGCUAUUACAACCGCCUAACAAAAAACGUAACAAAGCAGUGAAUUUAGAUGAUUUUAAUAUUAGUGAUGAAUCAAUAAAUGAUAAUAUCCUCUCACCCAGUGAAAAAAAAGGUCUAAUGCAAAAUUUGAAUAUUAUCAUUUCUAGCUUUACUAUGAUGAUAAAAUCAUUUUGGUUUAAGAAUCAUGCACAAUCAUUAGAUAUUACUAUUCAUGGAUUGCUUGAAGUUACAAAAGUAGAAAAUGAUUGUGUAGAUUUUCAAUGUAAUAUUAGACAAAAAGGUACCACAGAAAUUUCAUUGACAAAAAAUGCUUAUUUGGCUUUGGAAGAAUUAUGUGAUAGUAAGCAUGGAGCUGUUAAAGUUACUAUAACAAUUAUUGCAAAAUAUGUAUUACCUCGUUUAUUAUGUAGUCAUAUGGACACACAAGUAAAAUUUAUCACAACUGUACGUGAAUGUACUUUUAACUUUUUAAAAGUUUUAUUAGAGGCAUAUGAGAAAGAUGCAAAAACUGCUAUUAUAAUAUUAAUACAGCACUUAAUGCUGAAUUACCCAGACAGACUUGAAGCUCGUCAAAAGCAAGCUAGUGUACUGAUAAAACUCUUUGGAAUAUGUAAACAAAAUAUUAUACUAGAAGCCUUUAAAAAUGUAAUACUAUUAUCACAUCAUAAUAAAAUACCAUUCAGAAUAUUUGCUCAAGAGAUAAUUGGAAAGUUAUUAAUUGAAUCCUUUUUGAUGGAAUGCAAUAUGAAUGAAAGUCUAAAGAUUCAAGCAAAAAAAAUAUUCCUUGCAAUUGUAUUAAGUAGAUGCAUGGACUGUUCAAGUAUGGUGAGAGGAAAAGCCAUGGCAAUAAUUGCAGAGUUUACUGAGUCCAAUAAUGAAAUAGACAAGGCAAUGCUACAAACUAUGUUUAGAGAGUCUGAUCCAAAUAAGAAAUUCCUUUCGUUCGACGAAAUAAAGGAUGCCCUAUCCAAAGACAUUGAUGUAUUACCUGGUUCAAAUGUUUUAAUAAACAUGCUGAUUGAACGAAUAGAGGAUGAAAGAGCAAUGAUACGACGAAGUACGUUGCAGAUUUAUAGAAAUUUAAUUCUAAUGUUUCCAGCAUUGAUGAAUGAAAUAAUACCUGUAAUUAGUCGCCGGUGUCGAGACCCAACACUAACGGUCCGACGAUUUGCUGUACAAGUAUUAUCUCAAAUUUUACAACAAUUCCCAGAUAAUUCUCAACUUCUGGAUGAAUGGACAAAAACUGUUGUACCACAAAUAUUUGAUAUAGAAAUUAAAGUACAAGAAAAAGUACUAGAAUAUUUACAGGAGUUAUUAUUAAACGGAAUAGUAGAUCCUUCUAUGUGUUUUGAUACCACAAGAAGUACUUUACCAUGGAAUAUUCUAAAUACAUUAACUAAUAUGAAAAUGCGAAAACAUUUAUCCAAGGCUUGUAACUUAUGGGUUAAAGCUGGUAUUAUUACUAAUUCUGUAGUAAAAAACAUACAGUCUCAUAUUGGAACAAACAAUAAUAUAGGAGCAUGGAUUUUUUUAGCUGCACUGGCUGAAAAUAUCAAGUUGCCAAACAUGAAUAAAUACAUUUCAAAUUACAAGGAAAUUUUUGAAGAGAAUGAUUUUUAUACAAGUUUAGUUCUGCAAGUUUUAAAAUAUUCAUGGAAGUCCUUGGAUAAUGAUGUUUUGGAAUGUCUUCAUGUUUACCUUUACAAAUGUAUACAGGAAUUUAAAAUCAACUUUGGUUUGAUUAGUAUUUGUUUGGACAUCAUACAUAAUAUAAUACAGUAUUUAAAUCCCAGGGGUAAUAAUUUACUGGAAUCAAAUAUGCUGAAUUUAAUAAAGAUUUCAGAAAUAGAAAUUACGAAAAUUUUAAAAAAUGAAAACUUGGCUGUAGAAGCUGCACCUAACUAUUUAAAAGCUAUGUUUACUCUAGGACAUUCUACACUAUUGUGUACUUACAAAAUUUCACCAUUAACAUUACGAAUUUUACAAGGGGUACUUCUAGAAUGGGAAGUUCUACCAGAAGCAAUAAAAGAAAUACAAGAGUUACGAGCAUCAGCUGUAAUUAUUCUUGGUCAGCAAGCAGUGCGGGAUCGUGAGAUUGCAAAAGAAGUAGUACCAAUAUUUGGUAGAUUAAUGAGACAGGAAACAAAUCUAAAUUCAGCUACUGAAAUUGCUGUUAAAAUAAACACUGCAAAGGCUUUAGCUGAUAUUUGCAUUAGAUUUACCGCAUUAGUUGAACCUUAUUUGCCAGACAUGUGUGUCAGUAUGAAGGAUUCAAGUCCACAAGUUCGAGAAGCUAUCAUGGUGAUAUUCAUCCAGCUUCUUCUUGAAGAUUAUGUAAAAAUUAAGGGUCCAUUCUUUUUUCAUAUGUUAACAAUGUUGUCAGAUUCAGACAAUAUGAUUCGCGAAUUAACAAUUUUCUUAAUAAAAGAGAGGCUUUUAACAAAGAAUAAAACGUUAAUAUCACAACAAUUUUUACAAAGUAUAUAUCACUAUAACAAUUAUCAAUCCCAGCACAAAAUUUACCAUCAAAGAAUGCGUGAAAAGGAAAGAAGAGCAUUAACACUUUCUGGGAAAAAAAAUGAAGAUAAACGACGAACAAUUUAUGAUUUUAUGUUGGAUCAUUUAGAUCCUCCAGCAAAGAUAAAGUUACUUGUAAAAAUAACUAGUCAAAUAUUUGGCGGAACUUGUGUUGAUUCUGUUGAUAUUAAAAAAGAAGAAGGAGCAUGUGUUUUAAGGGAUGCAUUAUAUGUAAUUGGUAAUGAUCGUUUACGAUUAUCAUCUUUUCACAAACAUGGAGAAGAUGAUCAACAAGAAUCUGAAGAAUCUACAGUUCAAACAAUGACACCAGCUGCUAAUGCAAUAACCAUUAUUAUUGAAGGAAUAAAAAAACAUGGUUUAGAAGUUUUAUUACCUUUAUUAAUAAAACUAAGACAAAAAUUAUCAGUUUUAAAAUCUCCAUUGGAAAAUGAUGUGAAAAGACUUUUGGUGAAAACAUAUUCAGAAUAUAACAAAGAUCAGUUGUCGAAUAUAUUGAAUGAAUACCCAAAUUUGGAAAAAGAAGUGGAACAGUUCAAGAGGCAAGUGGGAGAUGUCAGUUGUGAGGAUGAGAACUCUAAUGAAGAAGAAAAUUCGCCAACCGAAAUAAGUAAUCAGAUUAGAUUAACCAAGAAUUCAGAUUUAGAAACACACAACAUAUAUCCUUCAGUUCGGCUACAACGUAUUUCAAUUUCUCAAUUGUCAACCUCAAAAAGUACAUCUACAAACGUUUAUCCUCCACUUUCACCAACUAGUUCUUUAGACAGUUGGCAUCCUACAUCUUCAACACCAAUUUUACGACUACCUUCACCCUCACAACCUGGUCCAAGCACAAGUACACCUAAGUCAUCCAGUUGUUUUGAUUUUCACAUUAGUGAUACAUUAGUGGACCAUGUUUUAAAGGCUAGAAAACUUUCUACUUUCUUUCAAAAUGCAAAAAAAUUAAACAAUUUUGAACAUAAAACAGUAGAUAUAAACAAGUCCCAAAUUCAAGAUGAUAGUGAGUCUGAUUAG